AUGGACAAAAGCCGCGCGGUUUAUUAUUGUGAACAUGAAUGUUGCAGUUUUGUCGCCCACAAUAGCUGCAUAACAAUACGUCUUGAGGAUGUUACCGUUGAUGAUGAUGAUGAUGAUAGAAUAAUCAGCAACCAAAUUGAGUUGCAAAUCAAUCACUUCAGCCAUCCACAUGUCUUAGCCCUCAUCAAUAGUGAUCAUCAAGAUAAUGGUGAUGAUGAUGAUGAUAGAAUAAUCACUUGUAAUGGCUGCAUGCGACCCAUCACCAAAAUUGAUGCCUUUUAUAGCUGUACAAAACAAGAGUCGUCGUGCUCUUUCUUUCUACAUACAGCUUGUGCACAGAUACCUAAAAAGAUUUGUGUCCCAUUUUUAUUAUCUGACCGAUUUGAACUCCAUCCAAGGGCUCAUUCGAUUAGUGGGGUGUUCAAUUGUUUGAUGUGCGAAACGUUUGGCCAAGGCUUUGCAUACUCUCAUGAGUUUUGGUUCAGUUGUAGGAGAUGCGACUUCCAUCUCUGUUUUUCAUGUGUUAAAUUAGCUCCUACAGUGAGGCACAGGUACGACAAUCAACCUCUCAAGCUCACCUAUGACAGUGUUAAAAACGAGUUAGAUGAAUAUUAUUGUGAAAUAUGCAAAGGCAAACGAGAUCCCAAACUCUGGUUCUACUCCUGCUCGGAUUGUGACUUUGAUUGUCAUCCUUAUUGCAUUCUCGGGAGGCAUCCGCAAGUCAAGUUAGGAGAUAGUUACGAGCAUCCGAAUCACCCACACCCUGUCACCCUUGUUGAAAAGAGGAGGAGUGAAAUUCCUUCCGAUAAGAGAGAGCGGAUUCUUCCUUGUAAGAGUCUAAGUUUUAAACAUGGAUAUAAAAUUGUUAGUUACCAAUAUGGUCAUGUGCAUGUUAAAUAUCGCAAACUUCCUACAAAACUCCUGAAUAUUUCAGCUCCAUCUUCAUACUUGGACAACUACACUCCACAUUGCAGCGGUGUGAGCAGAAAUUCUACCUUCUAG